CCCCACUGGUCGUUGGAACUUAGGAGUUGGCUCUAGAACCCCUCGCUGGCUACUAGAAUCACAUCUUCUCCGGGCCACGCUAGCUUCCUGAAAUUGCCAUCGCUUCCGUAGUCAUUCCUGAGGUCUCUGUGGGAGAAUGUCACAAACGAAAGAGCUGAACGUGAGCCUGAGAUGAGCAGGAAUGAAAGCUGCAACCUGGCUGUGUCGCGGCCGUGCUCUGGAUGCUGAUGGAUAAGGGAUGUGUGUGUAAUGCCUUCUUCACCUUCUGAGUCGAAAAAAAAAAUGUUUCUCUGGGCACCCUGUUCUGGAAAGGCCGCACAAAAGAGCAGCUGAUCCUCAUCUUUCUGAUGCGCCUGCUUGGAUGCAGGCAGAGAUUAUGGGAAACUCUGGCCGUGCACAUCCCUGGGACUGGGGUGUCAGUCUGUGUACGGAUAAGUGUUGGGGGUGCAAAGAAACUGCUGGCACAGUGGAGUUGGGGAUUAGGUGGCAAGGGGGACUGGGAACACAAAAGGGGCACAGACACCACAACAAUGUGCCUGGAAAGAGAUGCGAAUGAUGAGGAUCUGCAAGAGGAGCCUCUCAGACCUGGAGUAGCAGACCAGGAUACAAGCAAGGAGAGCCAAUUGCCAAGGCAGCCAUCAAGUAAACAAGCAGUAAUCCGAAUCCCUCCGGGCGUUGCACCAUCAGAGAGGCCCGCCCUCCACGCCGCUCACCCGCACCCAGUGCACCUAGACUGGGUGCUGCCGGAGUGGGUGCCUCCAGAGGCAAGCUAGGGGACUGCAAGCGAAGGAGGCAAGUGGGGCGGCUCCUCCCCUUUUCUCCCUGGUUGGGAAGGCGGCCAGAACUGCUUCCCACGACUGGGUCGAGUUUGGUUUCUACGGCCUGGUCUGGGAGAAUCACUCCAAAGGACCUCCACUGUCCCGGAACUCUGCCAAGAGGGGGGUGGGUCUGGCGAACGAGCUUAGGGAGCCCCCGCCCUUCCCUGCUACUCAGCGUCACGCGUGACGUCCUGGUGAUGGCUGGGAGGAAAGCGGAGAGCAGUGAGGAAGGCGGGUCUGAGAGCUUCUAGAGGCUGAAAACCCCGGAAAGCAUGGGUGACUUGCCCUUAAAUAUCAACAUCCAGGAACCUCGGUGGGACCAAAGCACAUUUCUAGGCAGAGCCCGGCACUUCUUCACAGUCACUGAUCCCCGAAAUCUGCUGCUGUCCGGGGAACAGCUGGAAGCUUCCCGGAACAUCGUGCAGAAUUACAGGGCUGGUGUGGCAACCCCAGGUCUCACUGAGGACCAGCUAUGGAGAGCCAAAUACGUGUAUGACUCAGCAUUCCAUCCGGACACGGGGGAGAAGGUGGUCCUGAUUGGCCGAAUGUCAGCCCAGGUGCCCAUGAACAUGACCAUUACUGGCUGCAUGCUCACCUUCUACAGGAAGACUCCGACUGUGGUGUUCUGGCAGUGGGUCAAUCAGUCCUUCAAUGCUAUUGUGAAUUACUCUAAUCGCAGCGGGGAUGCUCCCAUCACUGUGCAGCAGUUGGGGACAGCCUAUGUGAGUGCCACCACUGGGGCUGUGGCUACUGCUCUGGGACUCAAGUCUCUCACCAAGCGCCUGCCCCCGCUAGUCGGUCGAUUCGUGCCCUUUGCAGCUGUGGCCGCUGCCAACUGCAUCAACAUCCCCCUGAUGAGGCAGAGGGAGCUGCAGGUGGGCAUCCCAGUGACUGACGAGGCUGGUCAGAGGCUUGGCCACUCGGUGACUGCUGCCAAACAGGGAAUCUUCCAGGUGGUGAUAUCGAGAAUCGGCAUGGCGAUUCCCGCCAUGGCCAUUCCCCCGGUGAUCAUGAACACUCUGGAGAAGAAAGACUUCCUGAAGCGCCGCCCCUGGCUGGGGGCGCCCCUGCAGGUGGGACUGGUAGGCUUCUGCUUGGUAUUUGCCACACCCCUGUGCUGCGCUCUGUUCCCUCAGAGAAGCUCCAUACAUGUGAGCAGGCUGGAGCCGGAGCUGAGAGCUCAGAUCCAAGCACAAGACCCCAGCAUCGACGUGGUUUACUACAACAAAGGGCUCUGAGGGGAGUCAGCCUCUGUCCCCGUCCUUACCUCCUUAGGCUGCUUCUCUGAUGCCCCCUUGCAAUGCUACCACCUGUUUAUCUUCCGGGUACUGGGCAAGGGGGCUUGAUGUGGGGAGCAGCCACUGAGACCAGCAACCUUAGACUGGGGGAGGCACCCCUAUAAGCCUCUUCUCUCCUCUCUGGUUUCAAAGAGCAAGUCACAAAACCCAUCCCUCCUGUGUUUGUGUGUGUGCACAGCCACAUACGCAGCACAUAUAAGUGUUUAUACAUUUCAUCCUGGAAGCUAAGAACAGAAAUGCUGUUCUAGGAUGUCCUGCUAUUUGUCUUCUCUUCUCAGUCUCCUGGCCACCUAACAGCAAGCCUGGUUAUGGGCGAGACUUCCUUCCCUAAACUGUUCCUCUAGCAUCUAGUUCUGAUAGCAUCUUAGCCUUCUGCUCCCAAGAUAAAACCCAGGAUCCCAGAACACGGACUGAAGGACAUCAGUAGGCCACCCAGAGCUUUACCCUUCAGGUUUCGAAUAGCUGGCUCUAAAAGCUGGUUCAGGACGUGGGCUGGUGGAGGAAGCAAUGUGGAAUCAGGGAGGCAGGGGUCUCAUGCUUGCUGGACCCCACACCCUAGAAUGGGUCCACUCCUCUCUUCUCGUGGACCGUGGGCGUGUCAGUAGCCUGCACAGCUCCCCACACUGCAAUGUGGGUGCUUCUAGAGACAGUCUUGAGCAUUCUUGGUCUGUUCUGAUGAGUCAGGUCAUGACUCAGAAAUCCCACACUUCCAAUUCUUUCCCCAGUGAGAAAGCCACACAACACAGGCAGAACAAGCAUUCCCUUCAGGAACUGCCACCACCUGUACCCACUUUUAGGGGACCGGUGUGGGAAAGGUGCUUAAACACGGGCCUCAAGCAUACAGUAUCAAGACAGGUAAUUCUGUGUUUCAUUGACUCUUCUUAGACACACCCCCACCUCAGCUCCUUCCUUUCCAUCUGCCCCAUCUCUGGAAGAAUCCAAGGCUCAUAUAUGCUAAGCAAGUGCUCUACCGCUGAGCUACAUCCCAGUGCCCCCUUUCUUUCUUUCCUUCUCUUUCUUUCUUUCUUUCUUUCUUUCUUUCUUUCUUUCUUUCUUUCUUUCUUUCUUUCUUUCUUCCUUUUUCCUUCUUUUCUCUUUCUUUCUUUUUUCCUUUCUUUCUUUUUCUUCCUUCUUUCCUUCCUUUCUGUCUGAAUGUGUCUUUCUUUCUUUUUUGUUUUUGUUUUUCAAUUAUGGUUUCUCUGUGUAGCCCUAGCUGUCCUGAAACUCAGAGAUCUGCUUGCCUAUGGCAGUGAGUGCUGGGAUUAAAAGGCAUGUGCCACCA